CCCCUGUCCCCAAAUAUCCUCAAUCUACUCCACAAAACCCUAAAACAUCAAUCUCCCUCAUUCUGUUCGACUCAGGGCUUUGAGAAACCACAUCAAUAAUCAUGGAUACAGAAAUCGCAAAGACGCAAGAAGAGCGUAAACGAAUGGAGCAAGAGCUUGCUUCACUUACCUCUUUGACUUACGAUCGCGACCUCUAUGGCGGCACUGAUCGUGAAGCUUACGUCAGUUCGAUUCCAGUUAACGACGAUGACGAAGCCAACAAUCUCGACGCCAUGGACUCCGAGGUUGCCCGAAAACUCGCAUCUUACACGGCUCCCAAGUCUCUUUUCAAUGAGAUUCCCCGUGGUGGUGAUGAUGAUGAUAGUAAUCUAGGGUUUAAGAAACCGGGGAAAAUUAUUGACCGUGAAGAUGAGUACAGAAGACGGAGGCUGCAACGUGUGAUUUCGCCUGAGAGGCACGAUGCAUUUGCUGCGGGAGAGAAGACGCCUGAUCCAAGUGUUAGGACUUAUGCUGAUGUCAUGAGGGAGCAAGCGUUGCAGAGAGAGAAGGAAGAGACAUUGAAAUUAAUCGCUAAGAAGAAGAAGGAAGAGGAAGAAGCUGCUAAAGCUGAGGGACCUAAGAGGAGGAAUAGGUGGGAUCAGUCUCAGGAUGCUGAUGCUGGUGCUGCGCCUGCUAAGAAGGCUAAAGCCACAUCGGAUUGGGAUUUACCUGAUGGCACGCCCGGCAUUGGUAGGUGGGAUGCCACUCCCACACCUGGGAGAGUUUCUGAUUCAACUCCUUCGGCGGGGAGACGGAAUCGAUGGGAUGAGACCCCGACACCUGGACGAGUAGCAGAUGCUGAUGCCACACCAUCCGGUGGGGUUACUCCUGGUGCCACGCCAGCUGGAAUGACUUGGGAUGCCACUCCUAAAGGGUUAGCCACUCCAACGCCAAAACGACAGCGGUCGAGGUGGGAUGAGACGCCUGCCACCAUGGGCAGUGCCACUCCAAUGGCUGGAGCCACACCUGCCGCUGCUUAUACACCUGGUGUUACUCCUGUGGGAGCAAUGGACGUGGCAACUCCUACUCCGAGUGCUAUUAAUUUGCGGGGUUCUAUUACUCCUGAGCAGUAUAAUUUAUUGAGGUGGGAGAAGGAUAUAGAAGAAAGAAACCGUCCAUUAACUGAUGAAGAGCUUGAUGCUAUGUUUCCACAAGAAGGGUAUAAGAUUUUGGAACCACCGGCAUCUUAUGUGCCAAUAAGGACUCCGGCAAGGAAGCUACUUGCAACACCUACACCUCUUGGGACUCCAAUGUAUCAAAUUCCUGAAGAGAAUCGUGGACAGCAGUUUGAUGUGCCCAAGGAAGCGCCUGGUGGAUUGCCAUUUAUGAAGCCUGAGGAUUAUCAGUACUUUGGGGCUUUAUUGAAUGAGGAUGAGGAGGAGGAGUUGACUCCCGAUGAGCAGAAAGAGAGAAAAAUUAUGAAGCUGUUAUUGAAGGUGAAGAAUGGCACUCCUCCCCAGAGGAAGACUGCAUUGAGACAGCUCACUGACAAAGCAAGAGAAUUUGGUGCAGGUCCUUUAUUUAAUCGUAUUUUACCUCUGCUUAUGCAACCCACUUUAGAAGAUCAGGAGAGGCAUCUUUUGGUUAAGGUUAUUGAUAGGGUGCUGUACAAGCUAGAUGAGUUGGUUAGGCCUUAUGUGCAUAAGAUUCUUGUUGUUAUUGAGCCUUUGUUAAUUGAUGAGGACUAUUAUGCCCGUGUUGAGGGAAGAGAAAUUAUAUCUAAUUUGAGUAAGGCAGCUGGUUUGGCUACUAUGAUUGCUGCUAUGCGUCCAGAUAUUGAUAAUAUUGAUGAGUACGUUAGGAACACAACUGCUAGAGCUUUUAGUGUUGUUGCAUCUGCUCUUGGAAUUCCUGCACUGUUGCCAUUCUUGAAAGCCGUGUGUCAAAGUAAGAAAUCCUGGCAAGCACGUCACACUGGGAUCAAGAUUGUACAGCAGAUUGCUAUCUUGAUUGGCUGUGCUGUUCUUCCACAUCUUAGGUCGCUUGUGGAAAUUAUUGAACAUGGUUUGAAUGAUGAGAAUCAGAAGGUGAGGACGAUUACCGCUUUGUCUCUUGCCGCCCUUGCUGAGGCUGCUGCUCCAUAUGGUAUCGAAAGCUUUGACUCUGUCUUGAAGCCAUUGUGGAAGGGUAUUAGGUCACACCGUGGUAAGGUCUUGGCAGCAUUUUUGAAGGCUAUUGGUUUUAUCAUUCCUCUGAUGGAUGCAAUUUAUGCUAGUUACUAUACCAAGGAAGUUAUGUUUAUUCUGAUACGUGAGUUCCAGUCUCCUGAUGAAGAAAUGAAGAAAAUUGUGUUGAAAGUGGUAAAGCAGUGUGUGAGUACAGAGGGUGUGGAAGCUGAUUAUAUUCGAAGUGAUAUUCUUCCUGAGUUCUUUAGGAAUUUCUGGGUUAGAAGGAUGGCUUUAGAUCGGAGAAACUAUAAGCAGCUUGUGGAGACAACUGUGGAGAUUGCAAACAAAGUCGGAGUUGCUGACAUAGUAGGGAGAAUUGUUGAGGAUCUUAAAGAUGAAAGUGAACCUUAUAGGCGAAUGGUUAUGGAAACAAUUGAAAAGGUGGUUGCUAAUUUGGGUGCAUCUGAUAUUGAUGCUAGGUUGGAAGAGCUUCUUAUUGACGGAAUUCUUUAUGCCUUCCAAGAGCAGACCAGUGAUGAUGCCAAUGUGAUGCUUAAUGGUUUUGGUGCAGUCGUGAAUUCUCUUGGGCAGAGGGUCAAGCCAUACCUUCCCCAGAUUUGUGGUACCAUUAAGUGGCGUUUGAAUAACAAAAGUGCCAAGGUGAGGCAGCAGGCAGCAGAUCUUAUUUCAAGGAUUGCAGUGGUGAUGAAGCAGUGCCAAGAGGAGCAACUGAUGGGUCAUCUUGGUGUUGUGUUAUAUGAAUAUUUGGGAGAAGAAUAUCCUGAAGUUCUUGGAUCAAUUUUGGGUGCUCUUAAGGCCAUUGUGAAUGUUAUUGGUAUGACAAAAAUGACUCCUCCGAUCAAGGAUUUACUUCCCAGAUUGACUCCCAUUUUGAAGAAUAGGCAUGAGAAAGUCCAGGAAAACUGUAUUGAUCUUGUUGGUCGAAUUGCUGAUCGUGGAGCAGAGUUUGUCCCAGCUAGGGAGUGGAUGAGGAUUUGCUUUGAACUUCUUGAGAUGCUUAAAGCCCACAAGAAGGGAAUUCGUCGAGCUACUGUGAACACCUUUGGGUAUAUUGCUAAAGCCAUUGGGCCACAAGAUGUCCUGGCUACUCUCUUAAACAAUCUCAAGGUGCAGGAACGUCAGAAUCGUGUGUGCACUACUGUUGCUAUUGCAAUUGUUGCAGAAACUUGUUCUCCUUUUACAGUUCUUCCGGCCCUAAUGAAUGAGUACCGUGUACCAGAGCUCAAUGUGCAGAAUGGUGUUUUGAAAUCCCUUUCCUUCCUGUUUGAGUACAUUGGCGAAAUGGGCAAGGACUAUAUCUAUGCUGUGACUCCAUUACUUGAGGAUGCCCUGAUGGACAGAGAUUUGGUUCACAGGCAGACUGCAGCAUCUGCUGUCAAGCACAUGGCUUUGGGGGUUGCUGGAUUGGGUUGUGAGGAUGCUCUGGUCCACUUAAUGAACUAUGUCUGGCCAAAUAUUUUUGAGACUUCCCCUCAUGUCAUAAAUGCAGUCAUGGAAGCCAUUGAAGGAAUGAGGGUUGCCUUGGGUGCAGCUGUUGUGCUGAACUACUGUCUGCAGGGGCUUUUCCAUCCUGCUCGGAAGGUUAGGGAAGUUUACUGGAAGAUUUACAACUCACUAUAUAUUGGCUCUCAAGAUGCUCUUGUGGCAGCGUAUCCUACACUGGAGGAUGAGCACAAUAACAUAUAUAGUAGGCCUGAGUUAUUGAUGUUCGUCUGAGGUGCAACGUCAUUGCAGCUAGAGAGGAAAGAUGGUUUCGUAUUAGAGCUUAUAUUAGAGAUUUAUAUUUGCAUUUGGCUGCAGUAAUUUGUUUUAGUUGUAUCCGCAACUGGGCUGGAUUGAUGUAUCAGAAUUUCUGGUGCUUCAUCUUAUUAUUUUGUUUAAUAGCUUGUUAGUAGUCCACUUAUAUAAAGAAACCUCAUAGCGGUGUAAUUUCUAGUGAUUGUGGAUUCUCUAAUUUUGGUGGGUUCAUUACA